AUGGCGAACUCAAAGUACGAGUACGUCAAAGCUUUCGAGCAGCCAGACGUUUUACUCCCCAAUACCUGGAUUGUAGUCCGCAUCGAUGGCAGGGGGUUCCACAAACUUACCGACCGCUAUAACUUCAAAAAACCAAAUGACCGCCGCGCGCUGGAUUUGAUGAAUGCUGCGGCCGUUGAGGUAAUGAAAGAUCUUUCGGACCUGUGCAUUGCAUAUGGCGUCAGCGAUGAGUAUAGCUUCGUCUUCCAUCCAAGCUGCCAGUUAUUCGAGCGGCGGAGUGCCAAGCUUGUAACGACCAUUGUAUCUACAUUCACUGCUCAUUAUGUGUACCUGUGGGGAACGUACUUCCCUGAUAGCCCGCUUCAGCAUCCAUAUUUGCCUUCCUUUGAUGGAAGAGCAGUCAUGUAUCCCGCUAUUAGGAACCUGCGUGACUAUAUGAGCUGGAGGCAGGUGGAUUGCCAUAUCAAUAACCUUUAUAACACAACCUUCUGGACUAUGGUCCAGCAGGGCGGCAUGAGUAACACGGAUGCAGAACAAGAGUUGAAGGGAACAGUAUCGUCGGACAAGAAUGAAAUUCUCUUCAAGAGAUUCGGGAUUAAUUACAACAAUGAGGAAGAGAUAUACAAGAAGGGAAGUGUACUUUAUCGUCAAUACCAACUAGAGGACAUCAAGCCAAAGUCAGAGCCUAUGUUGGCAGAGGAAGACAAUUAUGUCCAAGAAGCGAAGACCUCCAGAUCACAACAGGACAAGCUUCGUAAAUUGCGUCGAAAGGCACAGGUUGUCGUUGACCAUGUCGACAUCAUCAAAGACGAAUUCUGGGAGCGGAGGCCAUGGAUUCUAUCGGGAAAGCCGGGCAAAUUGCCCACGGAGGUUUAA